UCCCAUUUUUCUAGUUCCUACUUUUUCAAACGCUUCCUACUUUCUACUUUCUACUUUUUUUGCCCCCUGCUCCUCCCAUCAUUCCAGUUCAAAUCUUCAGAGCAGUGCUGCAGCACAGAUGAUUACAGUGUUAUCCUCAGCACGCAGUCAGAUGGGAUCUCAGAUGGGAUUACUGGUGGCACUGGUCAUCUUUGAUUCGCUCCAUCUUUCAGUGUUUGAAGAUACGGGAUGCAGUAAAUUUAGGAAUCUGGACAAUGGACAGACAUUUUUCCGGUAUGGUGGACUCAUGGUGAUCUUUCGCUGCCAUCCGGGAUACAAGCUUCAUGGACACAAAACCAACAGCUGUGUGUCUGGACAAUGGUCUCGAGACCUCCCGGUUUGUGUUGGUUCUGGCUGCUCCCACCCAGGCUCGAUUAUCCACGGGACGAGCAGGAUGAAUGAGGAUGGCUCCUGGGCAGGGUUCAGCUGUAAUAGUGGCUUUCGCUUAUACGGCCCUUUAAUGAUAUACUGCAAGGGCCACACCUGGAAUAGCACAAAGCCUGUCUGCAAAGAGGCAGACAUUAUGAGCUCAGUUUCAGUCAACAGUCUGCACAACUUAAACGCACGUCAGAACCUCCAGAUUUCUGCAGCUUCAAAGAACCACCAACAUUCCCUGUCCAAUGAUGUCAGCAACGGGGCUUCAGAAGAAGCAGACAUCAAAUUUGAUCAGUUGCUUCAUGCAGUAUUCAAUAUGUUUGAUAAUGAGAGAAAUAACCUAACAAACCCUGGUGCUGACCUCAUGAAGCACACUCAGUUUUCCAGCGAUGAGAUAGAAACAACUCAAGGAACCUGGAGGUUUGGCUCAGUGGUGCAAACGCCACAUUCAGCAAGAAGUUUGGAUAAAGUUAAACAAAUGUUGUCCGCAGAAGAUAAUUUUCCUUCCACUGUCUGGUCUGCUCAUCAAACAGAGCUUUUGAAAUUUUCUGAGCCACCUCUUUCAUCCACAUCUACACCAGCUGCUCCUAUUUUUCUGGAUGUUACUCCUGCACCUGCAGGGGAAGUUUUGUACCUGUCCACAAGUUCUUCCCUGGCUUCAUCACCUGCCACCUCACCCUCUUCUGCUCCCAGUUCCAGCCAUUCUAGUUUUAACAGACAGAUCUCCAGUAACAUCACCUUUCCUUCAAGCAUCUCCACCUCAACUGGCUUGAGAUCCCUCUGGAAGGAAUUUCACAACCUCACACUGACCAGCACCUCCAAGCCAGUAGUGCAUUUUCGAACUAUGUGCUCAUACCCACCUGUGCCUCUUCAUGGGACUUUUUACUUCCAUAAUCUAGAGAACCCAGAUCCCAGUGAGUUUAAAUAUUACAUCCAGUACGCCUGCUACACCGGCUAUACUCUGGCUCAUGGAGACGUGAACAGCUACUGCCAGCCAGGAGGCGCCUGGAGUGGAGUCACACCGAUCUGUCUAGAUUUGGAUGAGUGUGCAGAGGGAAACCAUCAGUGUCAGCAGAGCUGCAUCAACACAUUUGGCUCCUUCAGGUGCAGCUGUCAUGUCGGGUAUCAGCCAGCUCCUGACCCGGCCUCCUGCACCGAUGUAGACGAGUGCCUGCUGCCUGCAGCAGUCACAGGUUGUAUGUUUGGCUGUGUUAACACUCCUGGAAGCUUCCACUGCUCAUGUCCAGAUGGCUUCAGCCAGCUGAGUGCAGAUGGCCACUGCCAAGAUAUAGAUGAAUGUGCAGUUAAUGAUGAGCUCGGGCCCUGUAUGCAGCGGUGUCACAACUCCCAAGGAUCCUACAGAUGCUCCUGCUCUUCUGGCCACAUCUUGGCAGGAGAUGGACACAGCUGCUUUGCAGAGUGUCCACCUGGAUACAGGAAGAAACCAGUCACACCACCUAAGAAUACAACUGGACAAAAUACAAAACAAGACUGUGUAGAUAUAAACGAGUGCCUGGAGAAUAUGUGUGAAUGGCAGUGCAUCAACCUGCCAGGCUCCCACCGCUGUAUCUGCCCCCGAGGAUACACACUGCAAAGAGACGGGCGACACUGCAAAGAUAUUAAUGAGUGCAACCAGAAGAAUGGGGGCUGCUCUCAUUUGUGUGUGAACAGAAGAGGAGGUUUUAAAUGUGCCUGUCCUCCCUCCCAUCGUCGGUCUUCCUACAGCUGGAAGAAAUGUAUGCCAAAGACAACAGCGUCCUCUGCUGGCUGAGCUCUUUAGCAAUUCUGCUAGACAUCAGGCUGUUGUGAUACUGUCUAUUCGUUUAAUGUAGACAUUUACAUUAUAUAGUUGCAUAAAAACGGUUUUAAGUAAUUAAUAAAUUGUAAUGCUUAUUGUUUUCUGGACGUUGACCGUAACUUGGUGGGUGUAGUUGUUUUAAGGUUGGUAAGUUGGGGAUUUGAUUCCAGCUUCCUCCUGUCAUGUGUUGAUGUUCCCCUGAGCAAGGCACUUAACCCCAAGUUUCCUAAUAAUCUGUGCUUGAAUGUGAUUGGGUGAAUGUGCCUCUAGAGUAAAGUGCUUUAAGCGGUCUGUAUGACUAGAAAGGCUCUUAAGGAAAAUAUCUAGAUAGUCUUUCAGGUGCUCCAAUUUUAUUUGACAACUUUUUACGUUUUAUUUUGAAACUUAAGAGCCCCUCUGCUUUAUUUCUUUUCUCUCCUGACAAACUUUUCUUUUUGGUUUACUUGAUUUUUGGAGAGGCAAUCUUAACAUUUAUUAAUUCCUGGUUCCUGGUCUUUCACCUUUAUUUUGCCUGUAACCUUUUAGACAACAGGGUAGGGCAUAAAAACUGGAAAUACAAAUAUUCUCUAUUUUCUUUUUUUAAUACUUACCUAGACCUGGAAAAUACUUAAAUUCCAUAUUUUUCCAGACCGUGUAGGAAGUCUGGACCUUAGUUAGCUAAUAUCCUAAAUGUAGCCACUGGUACCAUUCGUAUAGACCUUCAAAAGUAUUGUAUUUAAUAAAGUAUAUGGAAUUAAUGGUUGUAAAAGCAAACAAAAAUGUAACACUUUCUUGCAAAAUGAAUCUGUAGAGCUGUUUUAGAAAGAAACAGAAAUAUUCCAGCACAUUUUGAUUUUAUGUACAUGAAAAUGAGAUCACGAAGUGAAUGUAUUUUGACAUCUUAUAUUGUUUUCAACAUCAAUUUUGGCCUUUAGCUCAGAGGGAAGAGCGGUUGUGCUGCAAUCAGAAAGUUGUGGGUUUGAUUCCAGCUUUUCUCCCCUGCCAAUAUGCCCUUUGGCAAGGCUUAAGCUGUCUACUUUUCUUUGUAUUGGUGGGUGAAUGUGGCAUAGAGUGGGCAGUUUGACUAAAUAAAUGCUUAAUAAAUUUA